GAAUAGAUCUGUGUCGGUGGUUCACUCACUUAAUUGCAGUUGUUUUUGUUUUGGGUUGUUUUUCCAGAUUUUCUGUCAGAUUGUGGUCCAAUUAUAUGUUAUAUUUGAGAUGACGGGGGUUGAACACAUGGCCCAGCCAUAAUGGGGGCAGAUUUUUACAUUCGCUUGGAGACUGAGUGUGUGUGUGUGUGUGUGUGUGUGUGUGUGUGUGUGUGUGAGAGAGAGAGCGAGAGAUAAAAGGAGCAGGAGACCACAAGCCGACUGAAGCCGAAGAGCCAAGCAGUGAGUUUAGCAGCAGCAGGAAUGCUUCUGUGAACAAUCUGCAGGGCAGACGGGCCAAGAAGGAGAAAUGAGAACUAAGAACUGAUGAUCAUCUCUCACCUACUAAACUAUUUCUGAACUUGAGACUAAUCUAGCUCCAGAGAUGAAUAAAGAAGAAAAAGACCCAAGGAAGAACAAGACUUUGGAGACUUUUGGAUAUUUUAGGAUUUUUUCCUGCUGAUAUCAAGAAGAAAAUAGGAUUAAAGAAAAAAAGUGAAGAAGGUGUUUGAUUGGAAGAUCAGUCAGAAGAUGUUGAUGUCCGCUUUAUCCACACAGAUGCAAAGAAAAGCAGAAUGAAAGGAAAAAAUAUGAAAACCACAAUUAAGUAAAAAAACAAAACAGAAGAGAACAGACUUUUAGUCCACCUGUUAAUGGAUAAUAUGCUGUAGAGCAAUAUUUGUGUCUUAGUUUAAAUAAAGUAAGAAGAAAAAGGCACAACUGAAGAUAUACAGAAUACAGAUUUUAAUAAAUCAAACUGAGUAGCAGGUUCUGAUUUUGCAUAAAGGAACAGAGAAGUUCAAUAACAUAAAGUGGUCAGAGGAAAGAUGUGUGGAUAGAAGAGAAGAAAGACUAACAGGUUUGGAAAACCAAGAAAAAGAGAUUUACACACAAAAAAGAGUAGAAAGGUAAACACUUGAAAAAACUGCAGGUGUGACAAUGGUUUCUCUCAGAGCUUUCCUCCUCGUCCUCAUUUUCCACACUACAGUUGUGGUCCCAGCAGCCAGUGUAACCCUGAGCAGGCUGGAGCGCUGGGUCCGGUCAGCCCUCCAGUCACUGCAGUGGAACCAGCUGGAGCGCUGCCGUCGCCUGUCCUCCCUCUCUGAGGCUGAAUGCAGGCAGCACGCCCACCUGCCGCUGUCCUCGGUGGCUGUGUACGUGUCGGAGCCUUACAGUGUUGCAGGUCACUCUGACAAAGUUUUGGCCAUCCUACCAGACUCCUCCGUCGGGAUGUUGAGCUCCAAGCUACGGAGGCGCUUCAGCGGCAGCCAGGUGCUGAAUGGGAUGCAGGGUCCCCACAGACACCAGCAGUCUCUCCCUCGCUCCAUGGCCCAUGAUGCUGUGUUACUGCUAGAUCCAAGCCCUGGGGAGAACUUUGGACACCCAGUAGUCCUCUUCUAUGUGGAUGUGAAUGUGACAAAGAAAAGAUGCUCCCACUUAGAUGGCAUUUACCUGGGUGAUGAAUGUUUGACGCUAGCUUUAAAGGGUCGCUGUGAGAACCAGCUGAAGCAUCGUCACACCGGGGCAGAAAGGGUGAUUGGUAAUGGUCACAUGACAGUUGGGAUGCUACACAGUGGCACCAUUACCACCAGCGGUGGUAACCGUUUUUUAGAGCGUGCUAUUGGAGGGCUCUGUGAGGUCCACUUCCUCCCACUGGUGGUUGGAGUCAGAGACAGUAACCGAACACAAAGACUCAGAUGUGUUGACCACACAGACUUUGCAGCAUGUCCUCAGCUGCUGCCCAUGAGCUCUCCUAGUUUGCCCAUCUCAAGCUGUGAGCUGAAUAAAAACACGAGACGCUGCCAUCAGCAGCCACUGGGCACUCACCUCUCCUGUCGCCUCUACCAGACCUGUGACCAUGCUGUCCUCAUUUCAGGUGGCUGGCAGCAACAAAUGAUGUUCCAGCAUCAUGUUCAGAAUCUUCAGCGGUUCUACAAAAUGCUGCAGAACAACGGCUUCCAUAAGGAUCACAUUAAGAUCUUCUUUGGCAGCAGUGGACAGCUUCCUGAGGAUGUAGAGGGUGCAUACUCUGCAACAGAGAAAUCGGUGAUCCGUAACCACGUGUCGUACGUCUGCAGGAAGCAGCACUGUGCCGACAUGUUGGUUCUGUACCUGAACUCACCCACGUGCAAUGAUGGCACCAUGCUGUUGUGGGAUGCCAACCUUAAUGGCAUUGCAGAUCUAAAAGAACGCUACUCAGUCAACGAGCUGUUGGCCGACCUGGCCGGCUGCAGGGCAACUCGUGUCCUGCUGUUUGUGGAUCAGAGCUACAGCGGUGUCCUUUCCAAGAGGCUGCAAGGCUCUCAGAAACACCUCAAUGUGGUUCUAAUCCAGAACCAGGCCAGGCAGACUUAUGCCCACCUGAACCACAGGUUGAGUCCAGGCUGGGAGGACAGCAGCUGGUCCUUAAUCAGUCCUGCUACCUGCUUGCUGGACCACCUGGGAAAGGAUGUUGGGAUGUUUCGCCUUCUGGAGCCAUGGGCGGGUCUUUUAAACGUGACCUUGGCUGGUGCCCCAUGCAAUGCCACACCACCUCUAACAGAUAGCGAGAUGCGGCGAGAGUACCAGGGCUGCCAGAAUCUGCCGACUGCGCUUUGGCACCAGAAACACAGACGGGCGAAAUAAGCAGAGCAUGGAGACGUGCUGGGAGACUUUGAGAGAGGAUGAAUCAUGGACACACACACACACACACACACACACAUAGAAAUUUGCAAUGCAAAACUACAAUUUUGUUGCUGCGCGUGAGUGUGUGUGUAUUAACCAAUGUACACGGUGGACACUGCUGUGUGUGUGUGUGCCGUUUAUGUCCUAACUCUGAACUUGGACUGUAACCAUGAAGAUGACAGCUCAUCCCAACGGGAUUGUCCUGAACUCGGUGUUACCAGCGUGUGUGCUUGUUUGUAUGUGUGUGUGUGUUUGUGAGUUCAGCAAGAGGACAGGGGCUCUCAGAGACCAGCGCUAGCUGAUGCUCUGGCCAUUGUUGGAGUGUGGGACAGUGUGUACGCCGUAUCUCCUGGGCACUUAAAUGUUUUAGAUCCAAUCAUCCCUCUCUAUUUUUGUCUGUCCUUUAUUUAUUCUCAUUUGCCUUCUGUUCGCAUUUUCCACUUGUCCUGGACUUCUUUCUGCUUGUAUAUCGAUCGCUCUUAGUCUCUUUCCUUCCUCUGCAACACUUUUCUUCUUUUUGCUUUCACUCUAUAAGGAGCAUUCUCAUGUAAAGUCAGCAAACCUGUUAACCUGUUUUGACCAGAUUUGUAUAUCACUGUAUUCGCUUCUAUACAUGCAGGGUUUGUGUUUCGGUGACCAGUGAUAAUAUAUAUAUAAUUAUAUAUAAUUAGAUUAUUGGGGAUGCUGAAUGGCGAGUCUUUCUGCGGUCAAGGAAAGGCAUUCAGCGCCCAUUUAAUUGUCUGUAAGUCAGCAGCAACUGCAGCAUGGAGCUACAGCAGAUAUGUUUAAUGUUAGUGUUUAUAAAAACAGCUAAUUAUGUCUUUAUUGAAACAAAACGACUUUGAUCAUUUAGAUUUUUUGCUUCACAGAGGACACAAUUCUGCUGAUUAUUCAGAGAAGAAGAAGACAUAUUCCUUUGAUGCCGCUCAUUUCCAAAUGAUAACUACACAUUAGGAGUGUAAAACCGAGCCGACUGUCAAGGUGUUGCUGCUCACUUCAGGCAAAAUUCCUAAUGAUUAUUUUACAUCUUAAAAUGUAUCUGUUUUCACAGUAGAUGUCAGUAUUGUCUCUACGAUAUCAUGAACAUGUGUCAGGAAAUAAAAAACCGACCUCAUGAAAAGUCCUGGGCUACAGCAUCACAGGACUCCAUCCAUCCAUCCAUUCAUCCAUUUUCUUCAGUCCCCCUUUGAAGCUGGUAGUCCAGAGAGCUCUCCAAAUUUUACAGUGAUAGCAGGUGAUAGUGGGUCUGACUGUGAAACUGCAUGCUCAUUGGCUAACGAUAAAAAACAGAUGUUAUAUUUUUUUUUUCUUCAGAAUGACCCACAAAAGUGACUGAGCCCAUGAACUCAGCAGCAGAGCAUUUACAGAGAUCAGGUCAGAAACUGUUUCCUCGUAGACUUUUAUAGAAUCAAAGGAUUUUUAUUUUUUUGCAGCCACAGCGAUCAGCAUCUCAACAUCUGGGUUUUUAGGCAUUACAUUUCAUUUUUCAGACCCUAUUAAUCUUUUUUACUGUCUAUGGCCUAAAUGUCUCCCUAAUGGCUGAAAAAAAAGAUGUAUUCAUUACUUCCACCUUUACUACAAAACCAAGAUGGCAACUCUUAAAUGUACACCCUUCAUUCACCGAUUAACAGUCAGAGUACAUCUUUAAGGUUCUUCUCGUACACUUUGUGUUUGUCUGUUUGAACGCAGUCAUGCACUCAUACUAGAUAGGAAUGCACCAUUCCACGUUUCUUCCCAGUUCCGAUACAUUGCUAGUGUCUUGUCUUUAGGUGUUUGCUGUGUUAAAUUAAUAAACUGUA